AAGCACCAGCUCAAAGCUCUGUGGCAGGACAAAACAGCCCGUCGCUCCUCGAGGGAGGAGUUGUGUACAGCUGCUUAUUUGGUUGAGAGUGAUCACAUGGGCUGCCGCGUCUGAACAACAGUUGUGAAGAAGUCAGAGAACUUCGAACUGUGGCGAGCCCAAGAGACUUGUGGUGAGACAGAGAGACAGAGAUAGAGAUAGAUAGAUAGAGAGAGAGAGAGAAAAGACUCAAGGAAUAUAACACUGAGCACAUUGUGUGAGGAAAAAAUGCCCACAAACUUCACAGUGGUGCCGGUGGGAGACACCCCUAUAGCAAAUCCAGAGUAUGAUGGAGAGAUAAUGCAAGAAGAGGACAAGGAGGAGACAUACACGGCAGCGGGACCAAACUCAGGUGAGGAGACUCCCAGAGAAACCAGCUCUUUAAUAAGUACAGAUCAUGAUGACAGCAUCUAUGGCAAGAAUAUGGCUCUGUAUGAGGAUGAGAUUGACAGCACACCGAUGGUGUCAUCUCUCCUCAACAAACUGGCCAACUACACCAACAUAACCCAGGGGGCCGUCGAGCAUGAGGAGGCGGAGAGUGAGGAUGGGAUUCAGAGGGUCACCGUGAAUGGCCCUCAGAUGGGCACAUUUAUAGGUGUGUUCCUGCCCUGCAUGCAGAACAUUCUGGGUGUGAUUCUUUUUCUGCGGCUCACAUGGAUAGUGGGUACCGCGGGAAUCUUGGAGGCCCUUGCUAUCGUCUUCAUGUGCUGUUCUUGCACUAUGCUGACUGCAAUUUCAAUGAGUGCCAUUGCCACUAAUGGUGUAGUGCCUGCUGGUGGUUCAUACUACAUGAUCUCCAGAGCAUUAGGCCCAGAGUUUGGAGGUGCAGUGGGUUUGUGUGUCUACCUGGGCACCACAUUUGCAGGUUCUAUGUACAUACUAGGAACCAUGGAAAUCUUUUUGACAUACAUAAUGCCCAAUGCUGCUGUGUUUAAAGCAGAGACUGAAGAGCCAACUGGAAUGCAAAAUGACAUGCGCAUUUAUGGGACAUGCUGUUUAGUUAUCAUGACUCUGGUAGUGUUUGUUGGAGUGAAAUAUGUCAACAAGAUGGCUUUGGUCUUCCUGUCCUGCGUAAUGCUGUCAAUUGUGGCCAUCUAUGCAGGGGUCAUCCAAUCUGCCAUCAAGCCUCCCAAUUCUCAACAUCGAGUGUGUCUGCUAGGCAACCGCACCUUGCAAAAUUCGAGGUUUGACAAGUGUGACAAAACAGAGCUCAUCAACAACGUGACCACCCCCACCCAGCUGUGGAAGCUUUUUUGUAUAGGUGGCAUUGAAAAUGCAACAUGUGAUGAUUACUUCACCCAUAACAAUUUAACAGAGAUUCAAGCUGUUCGUGGCUUGCUCAGCGGGGUCAUAUCAGAUAACAUGUGGGGACACUAUGGACAAUACAAAGGCAUAGUGGAGCAGGAGGGACAGAGUUCAGAACAAGCUUCAGAUAACAAAAAACCGCCUCCAUAUUAUGUUCUCAAUGAUGUCACUACCUUCUUCACCCUUCUGGUUGGAAUCUACUUUCCUUCAGUUACAGGAAUCAUGGCUGGGUCGAACAGGUCUGGAGAUAUUCGAGACCCUCAGAGGUCCAUUCCCACUGGGACCAUAAUGGCUAUUGCAACCACCUCCAUUAUCUACCUUUCCUGUGUGGUGUUAUUCGGAGCAUGUAUUGAAGGUGUUGUACUCCGAGACAAGUAUGGCAAGUCAGUUAAAGGGACUCUAGCUGUUGCAACAUUAGCUUGGCCAUCUUCAUGGGUGAUUGUGAUUGGCUCAUUUUUCUCCUGUUGUGGUGCGGGGCUACAGAGCCUCACCGGUGCUCCCAGGAUCCUUCAGGCUAUAGCUCGAGAUGGCAUCAUGCCAUUCUUACAGGUGUUUGGUCAUAGCAAAUCUAAUGGUGAGCCAACCUGGGCCUUACUCCUAACAGCAGCAAUCUGUGAGAUUGGGAUCCUCAUUGGAUCCCUGGAUCAUGUUGCUCCCAUCCUGUCAAUGUUUUUCUUGAUGUGUUACCUUUUUGUAAACUUGGCCUGUGCUGUCCAAACGCUUCUACGUACCCCAAACUGGAGGCCAAGAUUCAAGUUCUACCACUGGUCCCUCUCUUUUCUUGGGAUGAGCCUGAGUCUGUCCCUCAUGUUUGUCUCAUCUUGGUAUUAUGCUUUGGUUGUCAUACUGUUUUCUGGAUGCAUCUACAAGUACAUUGAAUACAGAGGGGCAGAGAAGGAAUGGGGAGAUGGGAUUCGAGGAUUAUCCCUUAAUGCAGCUCAAUAUGCCUUAAUAAAAUUGGAGGAGGCGCCACCUCACACCAAGAACUGGAGACCUCAGCUGCUGGUGCUCCUGAAGUUGGACUCUGACUUGGGGGUAAAACAUCCACGUCUGCUUUCCUUUACCUCACAGCUGAAGGCUGGGAAAGGCCUGACCAUCGUCUGCUCAGUGCUGGAGGGCACCUACAUGGCUCGUGAGGCAGAUGCGAAGCUCUCUGAAAAGAAUAUCAAAGCAGCCAUGGCAAAGGAGAAAACAAAGGGUUUCUGUCAUGUGGUGGUGUCCUCUAACCAGCGGGAUGGUUUCUCUCACCUGAUCCAGUCUGCAGGCCUGGGUGGCAUGAAACACAAUUCAGUGCUGAUGGCCUGGCCCGCAAACUGGAAACAAGCCGAGAGCUCCCUCUCCUGGAAGAACUUUAUUGACACCGUCAGAGAGACAACAGCUGCCCACCAGGCCCUGUUAGUGGCUAAAAACAUCGAUAAAUUUCCCGCAUACCAGGACCGGUUAGCUGAGGGUACUAUUGAUGUCUGGUGGAUUGUCCAUGAUGGUGGUCUCCUCAUGCUUCUUCCAUUCCUGCUCCGCCAGCACAAGGUUUGGAGAAGGUGUAAGAUGAGGAUCUUCACAGUGGCUCAGAUAGAUGACAACAGCAUCCAGAUGAAGAAAGACCUACAGAUGUUCUUGUACCAUCUGCGUCUUGAUGCAAAGGUGGAAGUUGUGGAAAUGCAUGCAGGCGAUAUUUCGGCCUUCACCUAUGAGAAGACGCUUGUGAUGGAGCAACGCUCUCAAAUGCUGAAGCAGAUGCAGCUUUCUAAAACGGAACGAGAGAGAGAGAUUCAAAGCAUCUCAGAUGAAUCCCGGAAUUCCAUUAGGAGGAAGCCCUGCAGAGAGAAACCAACUCAAAGCAACAAGUUUCAAGUGCCAACUAUAAUUCUGGACGAGGAGGCUCAGCUGAUUCAUGACAGGAACACUAAGUCACAUGCCACUCUGAACGACAAGGUCACACCAACUUCUGACCGAGUCCAUAUGACCUGGACUAAAGAAAAGCUGAUUGGUGAGAGAAACCGCCAUCGGGAGGCUCACAUGACUGUGCGGGAUAUCUUCAAUAUGAAACCAGAGUGGGAGAAUCUGGAUCAGACUAACGUGAGAAGAAUGCACACUGCAGUCAAGCUGAAUGAGGUUGUAGUCAAAAAAUCUAAGGGAGCCCAACUGGUGCUGCUGAAUAUGCCAGGACCACCCAAAAACAAGGGCGGAGACGAGAAUUACAUGGAGUUCUUGGAGGUCCUCACAGAAGGAUUGGACCGGGUGCUGCUGGUCCGAGGUAGCAGCAGGGAGGUCAUCACCAUUUACUCAUAGCAUCAUGCAGAGACAGACACUGAGGAGAAUAUUUCUAUGAGGAGAGAUUGUCCAAAGCUGCACAGAUACUGUACGGACUCAGGACAGGCAAUAGCACUCCAGCUGCAGGCCAGCACAACACAUUUGAGGAUCUAAGAGGAUUCUUCUCAUUGAGCAUGUUUACAUGCAAACCAGUAAGCUGAUAAAUCACAAAUAUCAGGUUAUAAACAGUUUUCCCCGUUUACGUGCACAUUAAUAACCUGACAACGCAAGUAAGCAGCGUUUACAUGACUUUAUUAAUAAAUCAGAUUAUUUCCCUGUAGUGAUGUCAAAAAAUACUCAUUUGCGUAUCUGACUCCCAAGUAUUCCAUACAUUUGUCAGUUGUGAUGUUAAAUUAAGCUUGCAACAUGUCGGGAAACUUACAGCUCAUAUAUUAUCCUCUCAUGCAAUUAUAAAUGAAACAUUGUGACUGAACCACUUCUACUUCUGCUGCACAAGAUGAGAACACAUUUUUAUCAUUUUCUGAUUAAUGAAAAGGUCUGCUUUUGUGAUAUAUUUCCUUCUUUCCUUACUGCAAGAUGUUUGCUCGGCCUAGAUGCGCUUAAAUCGGCACUAAUGAUGCGUUCCUGUCACGUAUCACACAUGUGCACUUCAAUAAGCAGACAGAAAGCUGGAUAUAUUGUUUACAUGCCGUGCGAAAUCGGAGUAAGAGGCAAAAAACGACCUGUUGCGACCGGUUUGUUUACCGGUUGCUUAACGCCGUUUAUGACCUUACUCCGAUAAAAGAAAACCGGUUACU